UUCUACCAGCGUGACAACUGUCUUCUGCAGCAAUAUACUGUAACAGAAUACACUAUUUAGCGAGCGAGAGAGCGAGCGAGCGAGCGGCGUAAUCUAACAUGAAUUUUAACCAGGGAUGAUUGACAGGCGCUUCGUCCGUACGGCGAAAAGAGAAAAUCUGAACAAGAUGUUUACAAGACCAAUUGGCAGGCGCGUCUUGAUAGAAGGCGGAUCUAUUUGAACUUUAAACUAGGUUGCGCCCAACGUUGGGAGACAGAGAAAUUGAUACAGUGUAGCAGUAAAUCAGAGAGACCUUACAGUGUAGAAAUUUGUAACACUGUUGCAAGUAUUUUUGGCGACUGAAGGAAGCGAGUGAGAUCACAGCGGCUUCCCGUUUGGGAAAGACUAGAGUUGUUGAGCGAGGACCACCGCGGAUCGUUUCCAAUCACAGUUUAAAUUUAAUUGAUAUAUAUCACGCUGGAAAUGUCCGAAAACAAGCCGAAUGAUGAUCCGAAGUUGUCAACGACGGACAGGGUCGUGAAAUCGGUCCCUUUCCCGCCCAGCCACCGGCUGACGGCGAAGGAGGUGUUCGACAGCGAGGGCAAGCCCAAAGUGGACGUGCUGAAGGCGCACCUGACCAAGGAAGGUCGUGUGGAGGAGGGCGUUGCCCUGCGCCUCAUCUCUGAGGGGGCGGCAAUCCUGCGGAGCGAGAAGAACUUGCUGGACAUCGAGGCUCCUGUCACAGUGUGCGGGGACAUCCACGGGCAGUUCUUCGACCUGAUGAAGCUAUUCGAGGUGGGGGGUUCACCUGCCAGUACACGUUACCUGUUUUUAGGCGACUACGUUGACAGAGGAUAUUUCAGUAUUGAAUGCGUGCUGUAUUUAUGGGCAUUAAAAAUCCUUUAUCCUAAAACACUGUUCUUGCUCCGUGGGAACCACGAAUGUAGACAUCUAACAGAGUAUUUCACGUUUAAACAGGAAUGUAGAAUCAAGUACUCGGAGAGGAUAUACGACGCCUGCAUGGACGCCUUUGACUGCCUUCCCCUGGCCGCCCUCAUGAACCAGCAGUUCCUGUGUGUUCACGGCGGUCUCUCACCGGAGAUAACCAACCUGGAUGACAUCAGGAAAUUAGACAGGUUCAAGGAGCCCCCUGCCUACGGACCAAUGUGUGACCUUCUGUGGUCGGACCCCCUGGAGGACUUUGGCAACGAGAAGACUCAGGAGCACUUCUCGCACAACACAGUGCGCGGCUGUUCCUACUUCUACAGUUACCCUGCAGUCUGCGACUUCCUACAACACAAUAACUUGUUAUCGGUAAUCCGAGCCCACGAAGCACAGGAUGCUGGAUACCGGAUGUACCGGAAGAGUCAGACCACAGGGUUUCCGUCGCUCAUCACAAUCUUCUCGGCCCCCAACUACCUAGACGUGUACAAUAACAAAGCCGCAGUAUUGAAGUAUGAGAACAACGUCAUGAACAUCCGACAGUUCAACUGCUCGCCCCACCCCUACUGGCUGCCCAACUUCAUGGAUGUCUUCACCUGGUCUUUGCCGUUCGUCGGGGAGAAAGUUACAGAGAUGCUGGUGAAUGUUUUAAGCAUCUGCUCCAACGACGAGCUGACAACCGAGGACGAGAUUGAUGGCCAGCUAAUAUAUGCCCCCAAGAAAGGUGCCACUGCCUCGGCUCGCAAAGAGGUCAUCCGGAACAAGAUCCGUGCCAUCGGGAAGAUGGCCAGGGUGUUCUCCGUCCUCAGAGAGGAGAGCGAGAGUGUCCUGACACUGAAGGGUUUGACCCCUACUGGAAUGCUGCCCAGCGGCGUUCUCUCUGGCGGGAAGGAAAAACUCCAAAAUGCUACUAUUGAGGCUAUUGAGGCUGACGAAGCCAUCAAGGGCUUCUCGCCGCAGCACAAGAUCACCAGCUUCGAGGAAGCCAAGGGCCUGGACCGCAUCAACGAGCGCAUGCCGCCUCGCCGCGACACGCUGCCUUCCGACGCCAGCCUGAACUCCCUCAACAAGGCGCUCUCCUCCGAGACCAACGGCACCGAGGGCAAGGGUAGCAGCAGCAACAUCCAGUGACGGGUGCCGGGCACCCUAGUCGCGGGGCCUGAAGUGGGGGGGUAGGGGGUGCCCUGGCCCCCUCCCCGUCCACCUUGCUGCGGGGCGGAGUUAUAGGAGAAGGGGGCCCCGCUUGUUUUGCAGGGUCGAGGGACGGUGGACUGAGGGGACAAGAGUUGAAUGCACACAGAGCGUUAUUGAAACCUAAAUUUGGCGGCAUGUCACGUCCUAGACUUUAGAUAUGCCUUUAAAACAAUGCUUAUAGAAACAUGACGACUUUUUGCUGGUUAAUUACCCUAUGAAUCUUUGGGGGUGUACUUGAUUGUGUGUUGUUUCUGGAGCGAGAACUUAAUGGGAAUGUUUCGAAAGGCCUUUGCUCUAUUACUGGAUAUGGAAAUAUUUUGUCUAUCUUCUUACUAACUCUUGUACGUUUACAAAAUACAGCACUAAAAAUGGACAGAACAUAAAAAAAAGUUUUUAACAUAUAAGGGUGUACAAACUGAAUAGGGACUAUUUAUUGAUGAUUUUUUUUUUUUUUGCUACUCUUAUCAUUAAAAAAUAGCUCAAAAUAAAUUAGGCAGUCUUAAAAGAAUGUUGCAACAUGGUUAAAUGCCAAAAAGGAGAGUUUUAUGGUUUUGUACAGUUCAUGCUUACCUCAGGUUUAUUUUGUGUGUGCUUCUGCCCUACUUCCUGUAUAAUGGCUAAUUAACUCGGCAAUGAGUAAUUUUUUUUCUUCUUGGAGUUUAAUGACUGGAAUUUACACGUCUUUCAUUUGCAAGUUUUUUUUUUUUUUUGUCCGUUUUUAAAAAUUAUUGAAUGUGGCUUGCUGGAGUUGUGUAUGAGAGGUAAACGUUUUCUUUUAAAUAUAGUGGAAAGACACCCUUAUAAUGCGCCUGAAAAAGCAUCUUUAUUCUGUAAAACAAAAUUAACUGAAAAGAAUUUGCCUAUGCAUGUUUUAAAAGAGAUAAGUAAAUAAAUGAAUUAAAUUAACUUGGCUGCAAAGGUCUACUGGGAACUAUAGUGUGCUUAAUGGAUAUAUAUACUGGAAAUAUAUACCGACGUUCUUUAUAUUCCACCCCAUAAUACUGCAUCAUGCCUUCAGUUUUCUUUUUUUUGUAAUUAAAGCGUUGAACUAUUUAAGAUGAAAGAGGAGUCAUGAUAUUUUUAACAUAAGCUUGUAAGUGCACACAUAGUCCAAUUUAGCAUGUUUAACGAUUCUCGUACUAUGAGUUUGUGGUUACAUGUGGAACUGAAAAUGCAUGGUAGGUAUUAGUGUCACAUAAUGGUUUAGUCAUUAUAUAUUUCCGUUCUGUUUUGUUACGUGCCACAAAAAAAAGUGUAAUUUUAUUAUUACUAUAAUUAUGAUUAUUAUGAUUAUUAUUAUUUGGAACUAUUUUGCUUUGUAUAUCAGUUACAGGUUUUGUUACUGCUUCAGACUUUAUGAUGAAACAAAGAGGAGAUGCUCCUUUGAUCUUUUUUAACAACUGUUUAAGUGCCCGAGUAAUUCACUACAACAUGAAGCCUUGCUUUUGUAAUUUGACUUCUAAACUGUUGGCAGACGAAGCAUGAACUUGCAGCAAUGAAAAGUAUUUUAUAUUUACUGUUCAAUAAAAUGUGCAUGACGUUAAAUAUA